UAACAAAACAGUGCACAACAACGUUGGAUGCUAACAGGUUUAAUUUUAAAAAUUAAAACGUGUAUGUGUUAUAAUGACUGAUUUAACUGCUGUACAUUACCCGGAAUUGGAAAGAAAGCUUGAACCGAGAGGUCGCCUGUUGAACGAUAAUAUAACUGGGGUUGAUCAUCUUGGAUACUCGAUUUAUGCAGAAGCUUUAUCCGAACUAUUACACAGGGUACAUACUCCAUUAACAGUUGGCGUGUUUGCUCCUUGGGGCAGUGGGAAAUCAUUUUUAUUGCGGGAAGUCAGAUAUUUGCUUUCAAAGUUCCAGCAACAAGAUUAUAUAGAUGAAUAUUCAAAGAACGAAGCAGUAAACAAUAGAAAGGGUCCCAUAAACAAACUUUGUAAAAAGAUCAAAAAACGUCGACGAAAAUGUUCGUGUGUCGGCUGGACGGUCGUUAUGUUGCUGAUGCUGUUUCUUCUUGUUGGGACUUUAGUUGUAGCAUUGUACCCGAAUGCACAACAAGUUGUCUACGAAAUUAUUGCCCCGACUAACAAUACGAACGCUCUGCAGCCUCAAACACGAGGACUUUCCACCGAAGCACCGACUGCAUCCACAGAAGUCGCUGCAGCUGGAGCUGUUGGAUUUUUUGCAGUCGUUGUCCUACUCUCGACCAUAGCGGUUGUUUUUCUGGUUUUUCUUUGUUGUGCCUCGACCACGGACUCCAAGUGGUGGAAGAAGACGCGCAAGCAUAUCCGGCUGGUGUCGUACUCCGCCUUCACGCAGAUUCCAACUUUAAGCGAACGAAGCAAAACAAUGGCGCAAGAGCAAUACGACAUAGUGAUCGACUUUAACGAAGACGCAGAACUAUCUUUAUUAAACACGAGUGGGCCUGUUGGAUUGGAUAACGUAACAAGGUGCAAAACGAAGUAUAUAUUUGUAAACUUCAAAGCCUGGGAGUAUGCCGGUAGCGACACCCUGUGGGCAGGUAUCGUCACCAACUUAACUAAGGCAAUUGAACUGGAGUUUGGUUGGAUGACGUCACGUCUUUUUCGAAUGCUCAACGUCGAAGAAGUUUGUGACGUAAGCAAGAGAACGUUAUCGAGCACCGUUCGAGUAUCUGUUAGUGAUCCCAACGCAAACGUAACGCAAAUUAAACGUUUGAUGACGCAAUAUGGAGUGGUGUUAUCGUGCGGUAAGGAAGGUGAAGCAUGGAAUGUUCGAUUCUCUAACGCCACUGAAGCAAAUAACGCUACGAAGUCGCUCAGAAUAUUGGGGUUUCAGGCUCGAAUGGCGAAUAACAAAAAUGAAAUUGUUGAAAAAGUGACCGAACACGACAACAACUGUAUUGAAAUGAACAACCUCGUCGAUGCAGAUGAUAUCACCACAUCACGGUUACCUGAACCAACAAAAAUUACUUUUGCCUCUCAUUUUCUCAAACAUCCGAAGAGAGUUUGUUGUGGAUGUCCCUUCCUGUGUUUCUGCGUCCUAUUCUUCAUCGCAAUCAUUGUUUUCCCGAUCGGUGUUUGCAUCUUGGUGACUCAACUGCAGCUUGACGUGAUGAGAACAUCAAGAGCCAUCCCAGCAGAAGUUCAAAUACUUGCAUGGAUGCCAGCAGCUAUGGCUUGUUUAGUCGUCUUCGGUCGAUUCUGUUACGCCAUGUUUCAAUCGCAAACGAGAAGGGUUAACCAGGCUCUCGUUGGCGCUAAAGGUAACAUGGCGACUGAACUUGGAUUUAUGAACAAAGUCAAAGACGAGGUUAAAAUAAUUGAAAAGUUGGUCCGUUGUUUGCGCUUCACCCACAAGAAAAACUAUAAGAUAAUUAUUUCAAUUGAUGAUCUGGACAGAUGUCCCCACGAGAAGGUAAAAUCUGUCCUUGAGGCAGUGAGCAUUUUACUGAGUGACCGAUCGUCGCCGUUUAUUUGUUUGAUCGCACUAGAUUCCAGGGUCGCCGUCAAAUGUAUAGAAGAAGAUAUGGGAAGUGCUUUGCUCAAAGCAAACGUAAACGGUCACGAAUACUUGAAGAAAAUUAUCAACUUGCCUUUCUGUUUACCUGAGCUUGGAUCACGUGACAAACGUCGAUAUUUCGCUGGUAUGAUGGAUCAGGCUGACCGAACAAAACUGAAGCAAAAGACUCCUGAAUUAAUGCGGAAUGGAGCUCAUAGAUCGACGUCACAGAGUGGUGGUGACGUCAUCAAACACCUCGGUGAUGACGAAGAUGCUUUGCAAGAUAUUUCAACACAGACUGGAGAUGGAUUUAUUUUGUCCAAAGAUACUAAUGAUCGGGACGUACCUAAUACCCUCCUUACCACCAACCAUCACCCACCAUCACCCCCAUCUUUGCAAUAUCAUGACGUAGUAGAUGGAACUGAGAAGCAAGUUCUCGAUGACGUAGGAGAGAAGGAAUUUCUUUUCUUAUGCAGAAAAUUCUUGCAUGAUGACGAAACCCUUAAAUACCACUUGUCGGGGAACCCCCGAAACAUGAAACGUAUUUUUAAUGUUGUUUCCAUGACGACACAACUCAUGCGGUCAUUGGACGCUCACAAACAGCGCAGUGCUGAAAUGAACGAACUCCGCCAACCAACCAACACCCCACCUUCCCUAGCAGCAUCGUACAACGUCAUGUGUCGACCAACAAUUGGUCGAAAUGCUGCUGAUGCCAAAGAUAUCGUCGGCUGGGUUGUGCUUACCGACCAAUGGCCCUACCGUGUGAGUUACCUGCUUCAAGUUAUUGAGGAUGCGGAUCAAAGAUCAAAUGCGGGGAGAAGAAGCGAGUCUAUAGAUGAUGACGUUACGCUUAUAUGUAUUUACCAAAACACGGUGAUUCCCGAACUCAAUUCAAACCUUAACGUGAACGAGGCAACAUUAUUAUCGCUAGAUGGCGACCCAGAUCUCUUUUUAGGAUUUCUGCAGAAUUACAGCAUUACUAAACGUAGAGCAAUUGAACUAAAAAGUGUCACUGUCAACUUGGACCAUUCUCUGCGUCAAAACAUCGCUCUUUAUCGCUCCCUUGUGGAUUUACAAAAGAACCAACAGCAGAAGUCGAAGGAGUUUGAUUAUUGUAAAUAAUUACAUCGAAUGCUUGUGAUUUUCUACAUACUGAUUAGUUACUUUAUUUUUAAAAAUAAUGCCAUCCCAUUUUUAAGCAUGUUGUAUUUUGUUCAUGAACCGGUUCUAUGUUGUCGUAUAACCAUACAUUGUAAACUGUUGCAUGUAGUUUAAAAAAAUUAUUUUUGUUUGGUCUUUAUUGCUGUUUUUUCACCGACCAACAGUGUGCUUCUCACCGCUUCGUGCCAACGACCAUCUUAAUUAUUUCAUAUUUAUCGUGCUUGUGCUAUCCACAAUGUCACAGUUAUAAUCUGUGCGAUAUACGUCCACAAUGUCACAGUUAUAAUCUGUGCGAUAUAAGUUCAAACUGUAACUAACACUCUAUCGACUUUAUUGAACAUGAUGACUGUUUUUCAUAUUCAUAGAAAAGAAAAAGUAGCGAUAUAGGCAUUUGUGAUGUCACGAAUAUUGUUGAACACGGACUACGUCACGCUGUGGCGCAUUGUCCUUAAUAA